CUAUCCUUUUAUUUUUUGCUUAAAGUGGGAUUUUCUUCCCUUGGAUUCUCCGUAUCUCAACUCCAAUAUGUUGGCUUUGAUUUUUUUUCAAUUCAAUCUACAUUAGUUGUUUUAAUUUGGUUAUUGGGUUUGUGGUACUCAAUUAGAGAGGAAGGGAGGCAGUUCCCACUAAGGUUGCGUUUUUAGGGUUUAUGUGGAAUCCUUUGUCAUGGGUUAUGGAAGCUGCUGCUCUCAUGGCCAUUGCUAUGGCACAUGGAGGGGGAAAGCGAGGAGAUUAUCAAGAUUUUGUUGGCAUAAUUAUUUUGCUAAUUAUAAACUCAACCAUAAGUUUCAUAGAAGAAAAUAAUGCUGGUAAUGCAGCUGCUGCCCUUAUGGCAAGAUUGGCUCCAAAAGCAAAGGUACUUCGUGACGGAAAAUGGAGCGAAGAAGAUGCUUCGGUAUUGGUCCCUGGAGACAUAGUUAGCAUCAAGCUAGGGGACAUCAUUCCUGCCGACGCACGUCUCCUUGAAGGUGACCCUUUGAAGAUUGAUCAGUCUGCUCUUACCGGAGAGUCACUCCCUGUGACUAAACAUCCUGGAGAAGGAGUAUAUUCUGGUUCAACUUGCAAGCAAGGAGAAAUUGAAGCCGUAGUCAUAGCAACUGGAGUUCACACAUUUUUCGGAAAGGCAGCUCAUCUCGUCGAAAACACAACACACGUUGGACAUUUCCAACAGGUUUUGACAUCUAUUGGAAAUUUCUGCAUCUGUUCAAUUGCUAUUGGAAUGAUUAUUGAAAUCAUUGUGAUAUACGGCGUCCACGGAUAUGGUUACAGAAACGGUAUUGAUAACCUUCUAGUGCUACUAAUUGGAGGAAUCCCUAUUGCAAUGCCAACUGUUCUUUCAGUUACAAUGGCUAUUGGCUCACAUAAGUUAUCUCAGCAGGGUGCUAUAACAAAGAGAAUGACUGCUAUUGAAGAAAUGGCCGGAAUGGAUGUGUUAUGCAGUGACAAAACAGGCACAUUAACUCUUAACAAGCUUACAGUGGACAAGGAAAUGAUUGAGGUUUUUGCCAAAGGUGUUGGCAAGGAUUUGGUUGUACUUAUGGCUGCAAGAGCAUCAAGGAUGGAGAACCAAGAUGCAAUUGAUUGCGCAAUCGUUUCAAUGUUGGCAGACCCAAAGGAGGCACGAGCUGGAAUAAAAGAAGUUCAUUUCCUUCCGUUUAAUCCAACUGAUAAAAGAACUGCCCUUACAUACAUUGAUGGUGCUGGUAAUAUGCACAGGGUUAGCAAAGGUGCACCAGAGCAGAUUCUCAAUCUUGCACAAAACAAGGCAGAAAUCGAACGGAAGGUUCAUGCGAUGAUUGACAAGUUUGCAGAACGUGGACUUCGUUCUCUUGGGAUUGCAAGACAGGAAGUACCGGAGGGAAGUAAGGAAAGUGCAGGAGGACCAUGGGAGUUUGUUGCUCUUCUCCCUCUUUUUGACCCUCCGAGACAUGAUAGCGCAGAAACAAUCAGAAGAGCUCUUGAUCUUGGUGUUAGUGUCAAAAUGAUCACUGGUGAUCAACUCGCAAUAGGUAAGGAAACGGGAAGGCGUCUAGGGAUGGGGACUAACAUGUAUCCUUCUUCAUCACUGCUCGGUGAAAAUAAAGAUCAAUUAGGUGUUGUUUCCAUUGAUGAUCUCAUUGAGAAAGCUGACGGUUUUGCUGGACAACUAAAACCUUUCCACAAAAACAACAAGAUGUCACAACAUACAACACCAUCUGGUUCUAAAACUACCAAACCUACUCACAAAGAUAGAACACCUUCUAUGGACUUUCUUGAUGAAGAUAUUUUGGACGUGAUUCCCAUGUCUGUCAUUCCAGGCGAAGCUCCUGGCUCAUCCGCUACUGCAUGCCCUGCUCAAGGGAAAACUUUGUCUGGUAAGAAAUUUGUGGCAUCACCUACUGCCAAUGCUUCACAGUCUAAGAAGCAUGGUUCUGCAAAGAAGUGUUAUGAAGGACUGGUGAAAGAAUUUAUGGUCAACAUCCCUGAAGACAUUGCUGAUAAAAACAACAAGGAGUUUUGGAAAGUGUUUGUAAGAGGGAAGUGUAUCACUUUUUCUCCCACUGUGAUUAAUAAGUUUCUAGGAAGAGCAACAGAAGGUGCAUGUGAACUAGAAGCCAUAGACAAUGAGACCAAGGAAACAGAAGCCCAAACCUCUAGUGAGAGGUCUAAAUCUAAAGAUGAAUCAAGUGGCAGUUCUGGUUCUGAUGUUGAUAAUGAUGCAAGCUCCUCUGACUAG